GCACUUCCUGUUUGAACUCUUGUAGUAGCAGUCAGCUGCCUGUCACCUCCACAAACCGUGUUUUGAGCCUUCUCUUUAAUUUAUCUUUUUUCUAAUGACCCGAUAGCGGUUUUGGAGGCUGAGUAGGGACGAUGCGGGUGUUUCUGCGGUGUCUUUGGGGGCUGAUUUGGGUCGGAGUGUCUGCUAACCGUGCAGGAUCUCCGGUGUUUUCUGAUGAGAUCCCCUUCAAAAUCAACUGGCCUGGGGCAGACGUCACAUUGCCAAUGUCAGGGGCCCUGUACAAAGAAGAUGACUAUGUUAUCAUGACAACUGCAGAAAAGGAGAAGUACAAGUGCUUAUUGCCGUCUUUACCCAGCACCCAGGAGAAUGAUGAGAAAGAGUACAGCGGGCCGAGCCCAGCCAUGCUGCUGGAGCCGUUAUUCAAACAGAGCAGCUGCUCCUACAGAAUUGAGUCAUACUGGACAUAUGAGGUGUGCCACGGGAAGUAUGUACGACAGUACCAUGAGGACAAGGAGACGGGGCAGAAGAUCAGCGCUCAGGAAUACUAUCUGGGAACUAUGAAAAAAAAUGAUGGUGCAGAUGCUGAAAAAGCCAAGGACUCUAAAUCAGAAGAAUCAAACACCAACACUGAGGUGCCAACUAAGAAUAUAGAGGGUCAGCUGACACCAUACUAUCCUGUAGAGAUGGGACAUGGGACUGAAUGCCUUCUGAGACAGAAUCAGCCUCGCGCCACCACAGUGCUGUACGUCUGUCACCCGGAGGCAAAACACGAGAUCCUUACUAUCGCUGAGGUCCUCACCUGUCAGUAUGAGGUGGUGGUGCUCACGCCCCUACUCUGUCCUCACCCGAAAUACAGGUUCAAGUCCUCCCCAGUGAAUGACAUCUUUUGCCAGUCUCUGGGUGACUCUCCUCUCAGGCCACAGAGUCUCUCCCAGAUGGAUCGUGAGCAGGAAGAGCUCCUUAAACCACCGUUCAGCUCAAGCAGUGAGAGGGAGGUGAGGAGAUCCAGGGAGGACACAUCUGCAGUGAAGGAGGAAGCCUAUACCUCCACCCAUAAGCCCCUGACAGUAGGUGGGCAAUCUCAGGUCACCGUUGGCACCACCCAUAUCUCUCGUCUUACUGAUGAACAGCUGAUCAAGGAGUUCCUGAGCGGCUCAUACUGUCUGCAUGGGGGUGUUGGUUGGUGGAAGUAUGAAUUCUGUUAUGGAAAGCACAUCCACCAGUACCAUGAGGAUAAAGAGCAGAGGAAGAACACUGUGGUGGUGGGCAGCUGGAAUAGGGAGGAUCAUUUGAACUGGGUCAAGAAGAAUGUAGCGCGAUCUUAUUCAAAAGACGAUGGAGCGAAAGUGAAAGUUGUCUCUCACUUCUAUGGUCAUGGAGAUGUAUGUGACUUAACAGGGAAACCAAGACAGGUUAUAGUCAAGCUGAAGUGUAAGGAAUCAGAGUCACCUCAUGCUGUUACAGUGUACAUGCUGGAACCUCAAACCUGUCAAUAUAUUCUUGGGGUUGAGUCGCCAGUAAUAUGCAAGAUCCUGGACACUGCAGAUGAGAACGGACUUCUUUCUCUCCCUAGCUAGCCUACAUCAUUGGUACUGUGAUGGAGGAAUGGACAAUAGAUUGAAGAACAAACAAUACAAUGGAGGAGGAUGGGAGGGAUGGUCUGAUAAUGUCUAACUCAAAAGAUCAUGAAGAUAGACAUGCUGAACCUCAGAGCUCAAUUUGAGAACAGUGACAACUCCCUCAUUGACUGCACUUUCUCUUGUUUGAAGACUAAAACAGGGUGGAGAUGAAACCCUUUUAAACCUGGAGAUGCAGUUGGGACUGAAUUCUCAAUGUUUUAUUAACAAAUGUCAAACCUGCUGAAGAAUACUUUUUCAACUUUCUUCAUGUUUUGGCCAUGGGAAAUGUUCUUCCAAAUGAUUCACUCAUCAAAUUAUUCACUUGCUCUGAGUCAGUCAAUAUAUGUGUUGUUCAGCUGUUUUAACCAUGCAUUUUUUAUUUGGGUAAUUCAAUGCUUGCCAUCUAGCACUGUGCUAUUGGAGACUGUUUUAAAAAAUAUUACUUUUAAAACAGUGAUUUAGCUCUGAAGAAGCUACUAACGAAAAUACAAAUUGCAUGGGAUAAUGCUUUUACGCACAGGAAAGUGAAAGUAACUAAACUGGUCUUUGGAAAUCAUUGUGUAAUUUUCAGAAUUUGUGAUGACCCUUUAAUGUAACCACUAAAACUGGUUGACAUGGUUCCAAGGUUUUCACCUAUAGGUUGCACCUGAUGCACAACAAAAAUAUAUUUGGUGAAGGGUUGCUCUUUAACGAGAAGUUUUAACUGCAGAGUUUUAACGAAGGAUUAUUAUUUAGUUGCAUUGACUAUUUUUCUGGAUGUUGCUCAGCCUGUAAAUGUGUUCAAAUGAAUAAAACAUGAGUGUCAUGUUUGGUCAUUUAA